AUGAUGCUUCCCAAAUUAAGCUUGAUAGUUUACCUUUAUAUCUCAGUGGUUCUGGGUCUAAACAUUGCCACUAACACUAUCGACAGAGGUGCUAUAUCUUUGAAUGUUGGAGAUAUUACAAUCAAUUCAGGAGCUUAUUGGUCAAUCAUUAACAACGCUAUUUCUGCUUUUGUUUCAAACUUAGAAGUUGCUCCCGAAGCCGGUUUAUAUAUUUCAAGUACAUCAUCAUUAAUUUCUUUGCAAGUCACUUUAUUGGGGUUGUUAAACUCAAUCACAAACAAUGGAAUUAUUUCUUUCAAUUCGCUUGCUUCCUUGACUUCUUCAAACUACAACCUAAUUGGUUGGUCAUUCCAAAACAAUGGUGAGAUGUACUUGGGUGCUUCUGGAAUCGUAGCUAGUACUAUGAGUAUUACUGCGGCUAGUUGGAAGAAUACUGGGUUACUUGUGUUUUAUCAAAAUCAGAGAAAUGAAGGUAUAGUUAACUUGGGCGCACCUUUGGGUACAAUCAACAAUAACGGUCAAAUUUGUUUUCAUAAUGAAGUAUAUCAUCAAACAACUUCUAUUGCCGGUACAGGUUGUAUCACUGCUGAUAGAGAUUCUAGCAUCUAUAUCACUAAUGCUGCUUUAUCUGUCUCAACCGGGCAAACAUUUUACUUGGCUGAUGGUGCAUCUUCAAUGAUUGUACAAGCCUUGUCCACGCCACAAACAUUCAAUGUGCGUAAUUUCGGUCAAGUUAAUGGGAUUGCAAACAAAAUUGGUUUAUCAAUUCCGCUUUUUGCAUUAAUUGGCAGCGCAUGGUCAUACAAUUCAGCCACGGGAAUAUUAACAUUGAGGGGUGCUGGUUUAUUACUGCAAUACUUCAAUAUUGGUACAGGAUACGAUUCAUCCAAAUUCCAAGUUGUUACCGAUAGUGGAGCUGGAUUACCAUCAACUUUGUGGGGCUCUAUUCAAUAUAAUGGACCAGUGCCAAACCCGGGGCUACCAAGCCAAUGUCGCGUUUGUAAAUCUUUACCAGACAUUCCUGGUGCGCAGCCUACCGAAUACACAACAACAAUCACUACAACCAGUAAUGGAAACACUUUAACUGAAACAGGGAUUGUUGAUAUCACUACAAAUACGGCAGGGUCAUGGUAUACAACCACAUCAAUAUUCACCACUGGAUCCACAUUUAGGACCGAAUACACCACUAGCUGGACAACCACAAAACCCGAUGGAACUAUUCAGACUGACUCUGGAAUUGUGUCGGUGUCAGACACAUCGCUGACUACGAUUACCACGUUCCCACAACCCACUCAAACCGAGUACACCACCACCUGGACUACAACCAAGGAUGACGGAUCUGUUGAGACUGACUCAGGUAUUGUUUCGCAAAGCGGAGACUCAUUGACUACGAUUACAACAUUCCCACAACCAACUCAAACCGAGUACACCACCACUUGGACUACAACCAAGGAUGAUGGAUCUGUUGAGACGGACUCAGGUAUCGUAUCGCAAAGUGGAGACUCAUUGACCACGAUUACAACAUUCCCACAACCAACUCAAACCGAGUACACCACCACUUGGACUACAACCAAGGAUGAUGGAUCUGUUGAGACGGACUCAGGUAUCGUAUCACAAAGUGGAGACUCAUUGACUACGAUUACAACAUUCCCACAACCAACUCAAACCGAGUACACCACCACUUGGACUACAACCAAGGAUGAUGGAUCUGUUGAGACGGACUCAGGUAUCGUAUCACAAAGUGGAGACUCAUUGACUACGAUUACCACGUUCCCACAACCAACUCAAACCGAGUACACCACCACUUGGACUACAACCAAGGAUGACGGAUCUGUUGAGACUGACUCAGGUAUCGUUUCGCAAAGCGGAGACUCAUUGACCACGGUUACAACAUUCCCACAAGAGAGUGUUGCUGGCCCUGUGACCACAGAGUACACCACCACCUGGACUACAACCAAGGACGAUGGAUCGGUUGAGACUGACUCAGGUAUUGUUUCGCAAAGUGGAGACUCAUUGACGACGAUUACCACGUUCCCACAACCAACUCAAACCGAGUACACCACCACUUGGACUACAACCAAGGAUGACGGAUCUGUUGAGACUGACUCAGGUAUCGUAUCGCAAAGCGGAGACUCAUUGACGACGAUUACCACGUUCCCACAACCAACUCAAACCGAGUACACCACCACCUGGACUACAACCAAGGAUGAUGGAUCUGUUGAGACUGACUCAGGUAUCGUAUCACAAAGUGGAGACUCAUUGACGACGAUUACCACGUUCCCACAACCAACUCAAACCGAGUACACCACCACUUGGACUACAACCAAGGAUGACGGAUCUGUUGAGACUGACUCAGGUAUUGUUUCGCAAAGUGGAGACUCAUUGACCACGAUUACCACGUUCCCACAACCAACGCAAACCGAGUACACCACCACUUGGACUACAACCAAGGAUGAUGGAUCUGUUGAGACUGACUCAGGUAUCGUAUCGCAAAGCGGAGACUCAUUGACCACGAUUACAACAUUCCCACAACCAACUCAAACCGAGUACACCACCACUUGGACUACAACCAAGGAUGACGGAUCUGUUGAGACUGACUCAGGUAUCGUAUCGCAAAGCGGAGACUCAUUGACGACGAUUACCACGUUCCCACAACCAACUCAAACCGAGUACACCACCACUUGGACUACAACCAAGGAUGACGGAUCUGUUGAGACUGACUCAGGUAUCGUAUCACAAAGCGGAGACUCAUUGACUACGAUUACCACGUUCCCACAACCAACUCAAACCGAGUACACCACCACCUGGACUACAACCAAGGAUGAUGGAUCUGUUGAGACUGACUCAGGUAUCGUAUCACAAAGCGGAGACUCAUUGACUACGAUUACCACGUUCCCACAAGAGAGUGUUGCUAGUCCUGUGACGACAGAGUACACCACCACUUGGACUACAACCAAGGAUGACGGAUCUGUUGAGACUGACUCAGGUAUCGUAUCACAAAGCGGAGACUCAUUGACUACGAUUACCACGUUCCCACAACCAACGCAAACCGAGUACACCACCACCUGGACUACAACCAAGGAUGAUGGAUCUGUUGAGACUGACUCAGGUAUCGUAUCACAAAGCGGAGACUCAUUGACCACGGUUACAACAUUCCCACAAGAGAGUGUUGCUGGCCCUGUGACCACAGAGUACACCACCACUUGGACUACAACCAAGGAUGACGGAUCUGUUGAGACUGACUCAGGUAUUGUUUCGCAAAGCGGAGACUCAUUGACGACGAUUACCACGUUCCCACAAGAGAGUGUUGCUAGUCCUGUGACGACAGAGUACACCACCACCUGGACUACAACCAAGGACGAUGGAUCGGUUGAGACUGACUCAGGUAUUGUUUCGCAAAGCGGAGACUCAUUGACGACGAUUACCACGUUCCCACAAGAGAGUGUUGCUAGUCCUGUGACCACAGAGUACACCACCACUUGGACUACAACCAAGGAUGACGGAUCUGUUGAGACGGACUCAGGUAUUGUUUCGCAAAGCGGAGACUCAUUGACGACGAUUACCACGUUCCCACAACCCACUCAAACCGAGUACACCACCACUUGGACUACAACCAAGGAUGAUGGAUCGGUUGAGACUGACUCAGGUAUUGUUUCGCAAAGCGGAGACUCAUUGACGACGAUUACCACGUUCCCACAAGAGAGUGUUGCUGGCCCUGUGACCACAGAGUACACCACCACUUGGACUACAACCAAGGAUGACGGAUCUGUUGAGACUGACUCAGGUAUUGUUUCGCAAAGCGGAGACUCAUUGACCACAAUUACAACAUUCCCACAAGAGAGUGUUGCUAGUCCUGUGACCACAGAGUACACCACCACCUGGACUACAACCAAGGAUGAUGGAUCUGUUGAGACUGACUCAGGUAUUGUUUCGCAAAGCGGAGACUCAUUGACGACGAUUACCACGUUCCCACAAGAGAGUGUUGCUGGCCCUGUGACCACAGAGUACACCACCACUUGGACUACAACCAAGGAUGACGGAUCUGUUGAGACUGACUCAGGUAUUGUUUCGCAAAGCGGAGACUCAUUGACGACGAUUACCACGUUCCCACAAGAGAGUGUUGCUAGUCCUGUGACGACAGAGUACACCACCACCUGGACUACAACCAAGGACGAUGGAUCGGUUGAGACUGACUCAGGUAUUGUUUCGCAAAGCGGAGACUCAUUGACGACGAUUACCACGUUCCCACAAGAGAGUGUUGCUGGCCCUGUGACCACAGAGUACACCACCACUUGGACUACAACCAAGGAUGACGGAUCUGUUGAGACUGACUCAGGUAUUGUUUCGCAAAGCGGAGACUCAUUGACCACAAUUACAACAUUCCCACAAGAGAGUGUUGCUAGUCCUGUGACCACAGAGUACACCACCACCUGGACUACAACCAAGGAUGAUGGAUCUGUUGAAACCGAUUGGAAUGUUGGGUCUAGCCCCAUUACAACUUACGUUCCAACAAAUACAUCGUCAUCUAUAUCAGAAUUGAUACCUGGUUCUUCCAUUGUUUUGGAGGAUAGUGCUGGUACUAUUUCGAUUUCGGAGGUUGACGCACCAGGCCAGCCUGAUACUGGGUUUGCAGUUGGCUCCUCUAUGGUAUCUUACUCAACAAGCCUAGUUGCUAUUUCAGAUGUUGCCCGAACGAGCACUUUGGUACUGUUGGAACCGCUGGUGUCUUUAGGAUCUCCAGCCGUCGAAACUACUGAGGUUUCAAAUUAUAGUUCAGAAACGAGCGAAUCGUUUUCGACAAGAGAAUCAGCACACACAUCUAAUGUUAGUUUAAGUCAAGCUGGAUCAGAUGAGCAAUACAAAAGUCACACAAGCCGACCAAGCACAUUGGCAGAGCAUACUAGUGGUGUCCAAUCAACAGCUACCAUACCUGCAAUAUAUGAGGGCACCGGAGCAAUUACAAAAUAUUCUACCUUUGUUGGUGUGCUUGCUUCCUUAAUUUUUGUCAUGGUUUAA